AUGCAUCGCAGGACGCUGUGGCGGCUGCAACACACGGCGCAAAACCCGCCGGUGGGCUCCGCCAACAUUCCCUCACCGUAUGUGACGGAGGGCGGCCACGUGCCCAUCUGGUCCAUCGUCAAUGGCAUCGUGCAGAAGCGCAACUGGGUCUUUCGCAAUCCCGAGUGGUGUGACCUCUGCAAGGAGCCGGUGGCGCUGUGGGUGAAUCAUCACGGCCGCAAGGACCAUGCACUGAUGGACAUGCACUACACGCAGAUGGUAGAGUUCCCGCGCCGGUGGAACCCUGAGGAGGUUCUCGCAGUGUUCCUUGACGAGCUGCAACUUCCCAUUGAAGUGUACCAGCGCUUCUACACCGGGUAUGAGCGGGGGCACCGCACCGAACUCUACGCGAUGCUCGUCGCGUUGGAGGAGGCGAAGAUGCUCUACUUUGGCGAACCACGGGACACGUACCUGCACCGUAUGCAGGGCGGCCUGCGUGGGAUGGACCAUCAGGGCGCGUUGGUGCUGCACCGCUACAUCCUCGGCCCAUUCAUGCGGCUCUACCCCAACGGGCACAUACAGGACUACUCUAACCUUGUGGACUUCGUGACGUGUGCGUAUAACAUGGAAACGGUGUACGACCUGUGCGGCUUCUAUACCCUCGACAAGGUGGCUCUGAAGGCGGACUACAAAGCAAGCUCGCCUGCUGCCUUGGGGCUGGGCGGCAUUGCGGUGCACUCCUCCGCCACGCAUGGGUUCGUGCAGCAGCCGACGGAUCAGCAACAGCAACAACAACAACAGCGAAGUGGGGCGGGGGGAUCCGGUGGGAAGAGUGCUGCUGACAAGGACGAGGAAGCCUUCUCACGGAAGGCGGUGUUUGUGCGGCAGCUGCUGGGCCAGCUGCGGUGGCUGACGUUGCCCGGCGAGGAGCACCCCGCUGGCUACACGUUUCCCCCGCACUUGAUGCUGCUUGGUGAGAUCUGCCUCAAGUCUCUCGUGGUGGAAAUUAUAGCGGCGCGGCUGUGCGAGUACAUGGUGCGUGUAGAGCCCGUGUGGCGCGACCAUGGCUUUGAGCGGGUGAAACUAAACGUGAGUAAACUUGCACAGUCGCGGAGUGACGUCCUACCGGAGCCAGUGAAGUUUUUCUACCGCCCAAUGUCCCCGCACAUGGACGAUUUUUACAGCACUAGACGGGGCGUGCUCGACGAGACACUGGAGAAGGCCGCGGCUGCGCCGUCAGUGAGCAAGCACGUAUGA